AUGGAGCUGGAUAAAGCCUACGCGACACCCCGAGCCGGCCGCACAGGACAUGGAGGCGUGAAUCAGCUGGGGGGUGUUUUUGUGAACGGCCGCCCUCUCCCAGAUGUCGUUCGCCAAAGGAUCGUGGAGCUCGCCCACCAAGGGGUCCGGCCGUGUGACAUCUCCCGGCAGCUCCGCGUCAGCCACGGCUGUGUCAGCAAAAUACUCGCAGGUAAAGGGGGACGGUAUUAUGAAACCGGGAGUAUUAAGCCUGGAGUGAUUGGAGGAUCAAAACCAAAGGUCGCCACACCCAAAGUCGUUGAAAAAAUUGCAGAGUACAAACGCCAAAAUCCCACCAUGUUUGCCUGGGAGAUCAGGGACAGACUCCUUGCUGAGCGGGUGUGUGACAACGACACCGUGCCCAGUGUCAGCUCCAUUAACAGGAUCAUAAGGACCAAGGUGCAGCAGCCACCCAAUCAGCAGGUCCCAGCUUCCAGUCACAGCAUAGCCUCCACAGGAUCGGUCACCCAGGUGUCCUCCGUGAGCACUGACUCUGCUGGCUCGUCCUACUCCAUCAGCGGCAUCCUGGGCAUCGCCUCCCCCGGCACCGAGAGCAACAAGCGCAAGCGGGACGAAGGUAUUCAGGAAUCUCCAGUACCAAAUGGCCAUUCUCUACCGAGCAGAGAUUUUCUCCGGAAGCAGAUGCGAGGAGACCUUUUCACCCAGCAGCAGCUAGAAGUGUUGGAUCGUGUCUUUGAGAGACAACAUUAUUCUGACAUUUUCACAACAACUGAGCCCAUCAAGCCAGAGCAGUGGUGCUCCAUGCUGAUGAGACAGUGCGUGGUACAACCGCAGGCAGUCAUUUUUCAGGCAACAGAAUACUCAGCCAUGGCCUCACUAGCUGGUGGAUUGGAUGACAUGAAGGCCAAUAUAACCAGCCCUACUUCAGCAGAUUUGGGAGCAAGUGUUCCUGGGCCUCAGUCCUAUCCUAUUGUCACAGGUCGCGAGCUGGCAAGUACAACCCUCCCAGGAUACCCUCCACACGUCCCUCCUGCUGGACAGGGCAGCUACUCCGCUCCAGCACUGACAGGAAUGGUGCCUGGGAGCGAGUUUUCUGGGAGCCCAUACAGCCACCCACAAUAUUCAACAUACAACGACUCCUGGAGGUUUCCCAACCCUGGACUCCUGGGCUCCCCCUACUACUACAGCGCUACAGCCCGUGGAGCAGCCGCACCAGCUGCUGCCGCCGCCUACGACCGCCACUGA